ACUUUCCGCUGGCCGGUGGCGACCAACAUUGAUGGCAACGAGAUCCUGGAGAUCCAAGUGUUCAACUACAGCAAAGUUUUCACCAACAGGCUCAUCGGAACAUUCCGGAUGGUGCUGCAAAAGGUGGUGGCCGAAGGGCAGCUGGAGGUGACGGACGCGCUCAUCGACGAGAACAACUCUGCCCUCCAGACCAGCAUCUCCAUUGAGAUCCGGUACCAGGCUCUGGACGGGACCGUGGGCACCUGGAAUGACAAGGAAUUCCUGGAGACUCCAAGCGUGCACUCGGAAGGGGACGGACAGUUCUCCCUGGAGACUGACAGCCUCCUGUCCGGCCACCGGCACGGCUCCGACAUUCCCGCCGGGAAAUCCAACCAGCAGAUGGACGAGGACGAGCUGUACUUCCACAGCGACGAYGAGCUCCUGGGAGAGGGGGAUUCCCUGAGCCAGGGCUCCCUGGACACCAGCCUUGGAGACGAAGCGGAAGAGGAUCAGCAUUCCAGGUAAAUUCCCACAAAUCCACCUCCAAAGUCCUGUUUUCCAGAGAAUCCUUUGGAUUGCAGCGCCAAGGCCAAAGGGAAGGAGAAAAAACACCUGGUGUUGCCGUUCAGGGAAUUUUGGCAGUCAGAGCUGUACGAGCAGGGGGAUCCUGAUCCCGCUUUUCCCAAGGAAUUCCAGCUGUCGGAGCUGCACAGCUGGAAGCUCCUGAUCCCAUUUUUCCAAGGAAAUUCCGGCUACGAUCCGGCCGUUCUGGAAACAGAGGACCUGGACAGAAAAGUGGGGAGGUUUGGGGCGGGGCUGGAGCCAGACACCAUCUCCCUGGCCUCUGUCACCGCUGUCACCACCAAUGUGUCCAAUAAGAGGUCCAAGCCUGACAUCAAGAUGGAGCCGAGCGCUGGGAGGCCCAUGGAUUACCAGGUCAAUGUCACCGUCAUCGAGGCCCGGCAGCUCGUGGGGCUCAACAUGGACCCCGUGGUGUGCGUGGAGGUGGGCGAGGAGAAGAAGUUCACGUCCAUGAAGGAAUCCACCAACUGCCCCUACUACAAUGAGUGGAAUUUCCAGGGUUUUUUUGGGAUCCCUCACAGUGUCCUGCUGACCCUGGUUGUGACCAAGGUCUCUUUUGUCCCCUGGGCCACAGAGCACCAGUUCUACCACAAAUGGGCCGUGCUGUCCGACCCCGAGGACCUCACAGCCGGCCCCAAGGGCUACCUCAAGUGUGACAUUGCCGUGGUGGGCAAAGGGGACAACAUCAAAACCCCGCACAAGGCCAACGAGACGGAGGAGGACGACAUCGAAGGCGGGAGUCGUGAGRGUUCGUUAUCAGAAUCUCAGAGUGGAAAGACCUCCAUCCAGAAGAGCAGCUACGAGCCGCUGUGGAACGAGCAGAUCGUCUUCACCGAGAUGUUCCCCCCGCUCUGCAAACGCAUCAAAGUCCAGAUCCGUGACUCCGACAAGGUCAACGAUGUGGCCAUCGGGACUCACUUCAUCGACCUGAGGAAGAUUUCCAACGAAGGGGACAAAGGUGAGGCUGAGACCUGCAGCGGGAAGAUGGAAGAAUUUUUCCUUUUCGGAGCCUUCCUGGAGGCCACCAUGAUCGACAGGAAGAUCGGGGACAAACCCAUCCACUUCGAGGUCACCAUAGGUAACUACGGCAACCAGGGGGAAGGCUCCAGCAAACCCGCCCGGCGGAGGAAGAAGGAGGGAGGGGACGGCGACGAUGAGGAGUCGGAGCUGCUGCAGAACUCCAGCGAUGAUGAAGGGGGCGAGGAUGGAGAGCUGGUGUCCGUUUCGUCAUCCCAGCCCAUGAAACCCCUGGUCACGGACAGGCGCUUCCUGAGCUUGGCUGACAAGGACCAGCACCACUCAUCCCGUACCAGGCUGGACCGGGAGAGGCUCAAAUCCUGCAUGAGGGAGCUGGAGAACAUGGCCCAGCAGGCCACAACCCUGCGCUCCCAGGUCAAGAGGAACACCAUGAAGGACAAGCUGAAGCUGGUGCAGAACUUCCUGCAGAAGCUGCGGUUCCUGGCGGAUGAGGUCCUCAACGAGACCCUUUGCCCGACCUGGGACCAGCUCCUGGUGUUCGACAACGUGGAGCUGUACGGGGAAGCUCACGAGAUGCGCGAUGAUCCCCCCAUCAUCGUCAUCGAGAUCUAUGACCAGGACACCAUGAUUCGGCCGGUGCUGAGCAGAUACCGAGUGGAGAUCUUGUUCUGGGGGCUCAGGGACCUGAAGAGAGUGAACCUGGCCCAGGUGGACCGGCCCCGAGUGGACAUUGAGUGCGCCGGGAAGGGCGUCCAGUCUGCCCUGAUCCAGAACUACAAGAAAAACCCCAACUUCAGCACUUUGGUCAAGUGGUUUGAGGUGGACCUCCCGGAGAAUGAGCUGCUGCACCCUCCGCUCAACAUCCGCGUGGUGGAUUGCCGCGCCUUCGGGCGCUACACGCURGUGGGCUCGCACACCGUCAGCUCCCUGCGCAGGUUCAUCUACCGCCCRCCCGACAGGAAAGCGCAGCAAUGGAACAUGGCAGCCAAACACCUCAACGGGUACCUGRCCAUGACCAGCAGGGCCCAUCGCUCUCGCCCCACAGGGGAGAUCGUGGUCAACAUGGAGCCCGAGGUGCCCAUCAAGAAGAUGGACACGAUGGUGAAGCUGGAAGCUGUGAGUACCCGUGUGACCGAGGAAGAGAAGGAGAAAAAGAAAAAGAAGAAGAAAGGAGGAGGAGGCGGGGAGGAGGUGGAGGAGGAGGAGCCGGACGAGAGCAUGUUGGACUGGUGGUCCAAGUACUUCGCUUCCAUCGAGACCAUGAAGGAGCAACUCCGGCAGCAGGAAGCAGCCGCGGCAGAAGCGGAGGAGAAGGAAGAGCUGGAGAUCGGAGAGGACACCAAAUUUGGUCACUCUCCCAUGAAAGGCUCCAAGUCUCAGGCGAAGAGCAAGGACAAGGACAAGGACAAGUCCAAGGCACCCAAGGAUGACAAGAAGAAGAAGCAGCAGCCGGUCCCUGAGCUCCCCGAGAAGAAGAACAAGCAGAAGAUCGACGAACUGAAGGUUUUCCACAAAGAGCUGGAAGCAGAGUUUGACAACUUUGAGGACUGGCUGCACACCUUCAACCUGCUCCGGGGGAAGAUCGGGGACAACGACGACAACGCCACAGAGGAGGAGCGGAUCGUGGGCAGGUUCAAAGGCUCCAUGUGCGUCUACAAAGUGCCGCUCCCUGACGACAUCACCAAGGAAGCGGGAUACGAUCCCACUUUCGGGAUGUUCCAGGGGAUCCCCAGCAAUGACCCMAUCAACGUGCUGGUCCGAGUCUACGUCGUGCGGGCCACUGACCUCCACCCGGCCGACAUCAACGGGAAAGCCGAUCCCUACAUCGCCAUCAAGCUGGGCAAGACGGACAUCAAGGACAAGGARAACUACAUCUCCAAGCAGCUCAACCCUGUCUUUGGGAAAUCCUUCGACAUCGAGGCCACCUUCCCCAUGGAGUCCAUGCUGACCGUGUCCGUGUACGACUGGGACCUGGUGGGCACCGACGACCUCAUMGGGGAGACCAAGAUCGACCUGGAGAAUCGCUACUACAGCAAGCACCGGGCGACCUGUGGGGUGGCCCAGACCUACUCCAUCCACGGCUACAACACUUGGCGUGACCCCAUGAAGCCGUCCCAAAUCCUGUCCAAGCUGUGCAAGGAGGGAAAAGUGGAUGGGCCACACUUCGGGCCAGGGGGAAGGGUGAAAGUUGCCAACAGAGUCUUCACCGGCCCCACGGAGAUCGAGGAUGAAAAUGGUAUGGCCCUGUGGGAUCAUCCCAUGGGAUGGGGCUCUGGGUGGGGUGGGGAUCUCAUCAUCAUCCAGAAUUGGGAUCUCAGGGGCCGCCUGGAGAUGUGGGUGGACAUGUUCCCCAUGGACAUGCCAGCGCCCGGCCCUGCCAUCGACAUUUCUCCCAGGAAACCGAAGAAGUGGCUGAAGGGGCAGCAGGAGGACAAGCAGGACACRGAYGUCCAUUACCACUCCCUCACCGGCGAAGGCAACUUCAACUGGCGCUACAUCUUCCCCUUUGACUACCUGAUGGCYGAGGAGAAGAUCGUCAUCUCCAAGAAGGAGUCCAUGUUCUCCUGGGAUGAGACCGACCAAGACCCCCACAAUUUUCCUACCCAGAGCUGGCUCAAAGCUGCUCCUCAGGGAGCCAUCGAGCUGGACCUGAACCGCUUCCCCCGGGGAGCCAAGACAUCCAAACUGUGCAGCCUGGAGAUGGUGACCAACGAGGCCGAGCUGCCCAUGAUCUCCAUCUUCAAGCAGAAGCGGGUCAAGGGCUGGUGGCCAUUCGUGGCCAGAGAUGAGAACGACGAGCUGGAGRUCACCGGCAAAGUCGAGGCUGAGCUGCACCUUCUGACAGCGGAGGAGGCCGAGAAAUCCCCCGCAGGGCUGGCCCGAAAUGAGCCUGACCCCUUGGAGAAACCCAA